UGACAUUAAUUCGAUCCUUACACAAAAAAAAAAACACUACUGCUGCUCCAAAACCCUAGCCAAUAUGACGAUCCAACAACAACCUGCUGGUAAGCUUCGAUGGGGAGAACUCGACGAAGAUGAAGGUGAAGAUUUGGAUUUCUUGCUACCACCAAAGCAAGUAAUUGGUCCAGAUGAAAAUGGCAUCAAAAAAGUAAUUGAGUACAAAUUCAAAGACGAUGGAAAUAAGGUCAAAAUUACAACAACAACUAGGGUUCGAAAACUCGCAAAAGCUCAUCUUAGCAAGAAAGCCAUUGAACGCAGGUCUUGGUCUAAGUUUGGUGAUGCUGUUAAUGAAGAUGUCGGUGCUCGUCUUACUGUUGUUUCUACUGAAGAAAUCUGCCUUGAGCGUCCUACUGCUCCUGGGACCAAAGAAGAGGAUAAAAAAUCUUCAGGUGACAACCCAUUCGGCAAAGCAGGUGCUACCCUCAUGCUUUGUAGGACCUGUGGUAAGAAAGGUGACCACUGGACUUCGAGGUGUCCCUACAAGGAUCUUGCGCAACCUCCUGAAACCUUCUCUGAUAAGCCUGCCACAGAUGGGCCUGCUGCUGCUACCACCGCCACCAAGGGAGCUUAUGUACCUCCAAGUUUGAGGGCAGGUGCAGAGAGAACCGUCACUGACAUGAGGCGCCGUAAUGAAGAGAACUCUGUUCGUGUCACCAACCUCUCAGAGGAUACCAGGGAGGCUGAUCUGCAUGAGCUCUUCAGGACAUUUGGUCAGAUCACCCGAGUGUAUGUUGCCAUUGACCAGAAGACUGGGUUGAGCAGAGGUUUUGGGUUUGUCAAUUUUGCUAACAGAGAAGACGCCGAGCGGGCGAUUAACAAGCUCAAUGGUUAUGGUUAUGAUAAUCUCAUCCUUAGGGUUGAAUGGGCGACGCCAAGGUCAAACUAGAAUGAUGAGAUUGAUGUAUGAAAUCUUUUUUUGAUGUUCUUGUUAUACAAUAGGUUGGCGAAGGCAGAUAAAAUUUAUGCUAUUUUAAGAUCCUACUUAAAUUAUAUCUGUUGUUAUUGGAAUUGUUUUAA